CAUUUAGUUUUCUUUAAACGCCAAACCAUUGUCAAGAUUUUUGAAAUAAAUACAUAAUACUUUUUAAGAGAAAUAUUCAGCGAAAUGCUAUCAACCUUAUUCAACUCAUUUGCGCAUUUAUUCUGUUCGCCUGUCAGUUCGGUAAAAUGUGAAGCAAAUAAUCAAAGACAUCCGGACAUAAUAUCUUCGCAUAUACCGUUUCUACCAUAUCGGCAACUGAUGGCUGCUGCCGUAGCGCCCGGUGAGGAGUCAUGUGAAUUCGGCAGUGUAAAGUAUUUCCAAUUGUGCAUGAUCGGCGGCCUUAUCUCUUGCGGUAGUACCCACACCUUUGUCACGCCACUGGAUUUGGUUAAAUGCCGCUUGCAAGUCAACAAAGCUAAGUACAAGAAUUUGGUACAUGGCCUCAAGCUAACCAUCAAGGAGGAGGGUGUGCGUGGCUUGGCAAGAGGCUGGGCACCCACACUGAUCGGCUACUCAGCACAAGGUACCUUCAAGUUUGGUUUAUACGAAUUGUUUAAAGUGUACUACGCCAAGAUAUUGGGGGAAGAAAAUGCUUACUUCUAUCGCACCUACAUUUAUUUGGCUGCUUCAGCGUCAGCUGAAUUUUUCGCCGACAUUGCUUUAUGCCCCAUGGAAGCGGUCAAGAUAAAAAUGCAAACUACUCAGGGUUUCGCCAAUACCAUGCGUGAAGCAAUACCUAAAAUGGUUGCCGAAGAGGGUGCAACGGCUUUCUACAAAGGACUCGUACCACUAUGGAUGCGUCAGAUACCGUAUACAAUGAUGAAGUUUGCCUGUUUCGAAUUAACUCUUGAAUUGCUUUAUAAAUAUGUUGUACCGAAACCGCGUGCCGAAUGUACUAAGGGUGAACAAUUGGUGGUGACCUUUGCUGCAGGCUACAUUGCCGGUGUUUUCUGCGCUGUAGUUUCACAUCCCGCCGAUGUGGUCGUUUCCAAACUCAAUCAAGCGAAAGGUGCAUCAGCUUUGGAGGUGGCGAAAUCGUUGGGAUUUAUGGGUAUGUGGGGUGGGUUGGUGCCACGAAUUAUUAUGAUCGGUACGUUGACAGCACUGCAGUGGUUUAUUUAUGAUGGCGUCAAGGUGGCUUUGCGUUUACCAAGGCCACCACCCCCGGAAAUGCCUGCAUCACUGAAGGCCAGAAUGGGAGGUAGCGAAAGGAAGUGAAUAUCUUAGCAACCAUUUUGAAUAUUCGUUUGGCGACCUGAAUGAGUUGUUGAAGUCCUGCAAAGCACUUGGACGUUUACUUGCAUGUGAAGGCCACUUAAUUAAUUUUUUGAAUCUAACUCUUAGAAGUGUACAUAUGUAUAUAUGUAUGAAAUUUUAAA